UGACCAUCACAUUGAUAAUGUGAUUUUUUUAAUCACCUAUCUCUGAUUGUCAUUAUAGUUAAAUCAUAUAGUCGUGCCAUUAACUGUGAUUGAAUCAGUUGAACUCAAAAUUUGUACUUAUUAAUUUUGUAAUAAUGAGUUCUAGUAAUAAUGAAGAAAAUAUAAAAUGGAAACUUCAAGAAGGAACACUGACUAUGUUUAUUGCAGAAGUGGUUGGAACAGGAAUUUUAGUUUUCAUCGGAUGUAUGGGGUGCAUCGGCACAAUGGGCCCUCAUCCACCUCCGCCGAUGCAAAUGGCAUUUACAUUUGGUUUCACUGUUAAUUUGCUAAUUAUGAUGAUCGGACAUAUCAGCGGAGCCCAUUUAAACCCUGCUGUAACAAUUGGUGCUGCCAUUGUAGGAUUGAAAACUAUUCCAACCAGUGCUGUUUAUAUUCUAGCACAAUUCAUUGGUGCCACCGCGGGAUAUGGUUUAUUAAAAGUAGUAACACCAACACAUUUAUUUAAUGAUGGUAUCGACAAUUCAACCGUUCCACUAUGCGUUACAGUUAUUCAUAAAGACCUGACAAUUAUUCAAGCAAUUUUGAUUGAAACUUUUUGUACUGGGAUUAUUUUAUGCACGGCUUGUGCUACUUGGGAUGAAAGAUGUGCACAUACUACUGAUUCUACCGCUCUUAGAUUCGGUUUCUCUGUUGCUGGUGUUUCAUUUGCUGCUAGUCCUUAUACUGGGUGCAGCAUGAAUCCAGCCCGAACGUUCGGUCCAGCAUUUUGGAAUGGAACAUGGGACAACCAAUGGGUGUAUUGGGUUGGUCCAACUCUUGGUGCACUGUUGGGUACAUACGUUUAUCAAAUCUUCUUCAAUGAGCCAAAAAAGAAGAGAUACACAAAUCAUAUCGAGUUAGUUGAAGUUCAGAGUGAUCAAAAAGAAGAUGUUAAAGAAACAUAAAACUAUAAAACAAUAAAAAUUAACAGUAGCUGCCAUUUAUAGAGACUUAUAAAAUUCUAGAAAUCUGUUCAAUAUGCAUAAAAUAUUUUGUGAGCUUGAAUGAAUUAGUGGAAUCUAGAAUUCUACUGCCAUCAUUUGCAAUAUAAGGUUUUAUUUCUGAAUUCUAUUUUCACUAAUAUUUUUUGUACUAUCAAUAAA